AUGUCUUUGGCGAGAAUCACCAACCCCUGUCCACCAUGUCGCGUCGUAGGCACCCUGUCACAUAUCGAAGGAAUUCCGACUCUCGAUCCUUUAGGUACAUCACCACUGCCGAUUCGACAAUUCGAAGCUUUGUCCCCGAAUCCAACAUCCGGUGAAGGGUCGACGCCCAAAACGCGACACCCGACGCAGCUCAAAGGAAACUUGGAAACUUACGUAGGCGGUGAAUCAGAAAGCUCGAGCGAUUCAGAUGUCGAGACUACAUUAGUGGAGGCAAGGAGGGUUGUGAACGAAGGCAUAAACCUUACAGCAUACCCUGAACGUAGGAUGCGUCCAAACGGCAUGUCCUGCAACAUUGAGAAAGGUCAUCGUCAAACAAUGGGCGACAGAUGCUGGGAAAUUGUCAUUAUAGGCGCUGGACCAACGGGAUGUAUGCUGGCGUGUCCCCUGCUCCAAGCAUCCAUUCCACGACUCUCCGUCACCAUCUUCGGGGCCAAAGAAAGCACUACUAGCGUCCGCACGCGCCCGCACGCGCCUGCGGUACGGGGGCACCUUGGGUCUCCAUCCCCGAAGUCGGGUCUUUGGGCUCUCAAGAAGGCUCAAUUUUAUGAGAAAUUCCUGAACUAUGCCCAAUACGACGGCUCGUUCUUUGAAUUAUGGGACAAAGGGCGCACAACCUACUUCCGGCGGCCUUGUGAUAGGCCAGGUACAAAGAAUGGCAAGCCCGAAGUAGACCGAGCACAACUUCGUUCGAUCCUGUUGGAUGCGCUACCGGCCAAAAUUGUCCACUUGGGCCACCGUCCGCAAUAA